AAACUUCCCCGGGUCCGUCGCUUUACUGCGCCAGCGCAAACCGGAAGUGGCCGCGGCAUUUCCACAGCUUGACUUUUCUGCUGCUCCGAAGCGCCGCCGCAGCCUCUGGACCGAACUGAGCCGAACGGAGCCGAACUGAUUUCUCCAGCGUGGGGCCCCAGGCGGGGUCUCUCCUCACCGGGCUCGACCAGAACCAGACCAGAACCAGACCAGAACCAGACCAGAACCAGACCAGAACCAGACCAGAACCAGAACAAGAACCUGAACAAGAACCAGGAUCAGAGCGGAUCUUUUCCUCUCCGGUCUCUCUCCUGGAUCUGCUCCUCUUCGGGCUCAACCAGAACCUGACCAGGGACUAGGACCAGACCUGCUCUCCCCUCCCUCUCCUGGUUUCCUGGGUCUCUCCUCCUUUCCUCUCUCCUCCCUGGUCUCUCUCUAAUCUUCUCUUCUCUCCUCUCUCCUUCUCUCCUCUCCUGGUACUUUUUUUCCUCUCCUGGUCCUGGUCCUGGUCCUGGUCCUGGUCCUGGUUCUUCUCUCCUCUCUGGUCUCGUUCCUGGGUGUGAAGAUGCCGUACGUGGAUCGUCUGAACAGGAUCUGUGGUUUCCUGGACGUGGAGGAGCAGGAGCAGAGCGGACGCUUCUACAGGAGAUACUUCCUCCUGGACCCAGCGCAGGGAAAACUGCUCUGGUACAUGGACAACCCCCAGAAUCUUCCUGUUGGAGCGGAGCCUGUGGGAGCCCUGAACCUCUCCUACAUCUCCAUGGUGAGUGAUGCCACCAAACUGCGCCCGAAAGCCGAGUUCUGUUUCGUGAUAAACGCUGGAAUGAGGAAGUUUUACCUUCAGGCCAACGACCAGCAGGACCUGGUGGAGUGGAUCUCUGUCCUCAACAACGCAACCAAAAUCACUUACUUCGGUUUAAGUCCUGGUUUCGAACGCUCCUGA